CUCCUGCCUUUCUCUUGCUCCCUCGUUGCAGAAUCGUUCCAGUGUACCCUUGGGGACUUCUGGUGUGUGGACGGUGGGCAUGUGCCUCUGUGCAAGAGAUGCGACAGGGUCUCCGAUUGUGGUGAUGACAGCGAUGAAGAGGGCUGUGAGGCCGGAAACAUUCAGUGUGGACCUCGCGGAAGACUGUGUGGCCCCAAAGGCCCUUGCCUGCCCUUGGAGCGGUUCUGCGACGGCCACAAGGAUUGUCCGGAUGGUUCUGACGAAGCCGGGAAGGCCUGUGGGGACAGCCACACCAAACCUUUGGUGAAAUGCCGGAAGGAUGAAUUCCGGUGUGCACCAGAUGCAGACUGUUAUCCCCUGGCUUUUAUAUGUGACAGACACAGCGACUGUCCAGACAAACGGGAUGAAGUGGGCUGUGUUUUUGAGGUGCCAAGUUCUCCAGAGACCCCAGAAACAACCCAACCAGGUCACCUCUCUUUGGAUAUAAUUUGUCUCACAAUGUUCUGCACAAAGUCAAGGAAGGAAGAGGGCAGAAGGUUCCAAAAUGGAGGAACUGUCUUUGCUUUUUUGCCCUUCUCAACUCCUGGGCAUUCCAAAAUAUAGCAGGUGAAAUUGAUUU